CAGAACAUGCCUCUGACAGAGAACCUCCUUCAUCCUGCUCCAGAAGAGAAGAGGAAACACAGGAAAAAGCGCCUGGUGCAGAGACCCAGCUCCUACACUAUGGAUGGGAAAUGCCCAGGAUGCUAUAAAAUCACCACCGCCUUUAGCCACGCACCAAUGGUCGUCUUGUGUGUUGGCUGCACCACUGUUCUCUGUCAGCCUACAGGCCAAAGAGCAAGGCUGACAGGAGGAUGCUCCUCCAGGAGGAGGCAGCACUGAAAGUACCUGAUUCAAGAUUAGGGGGAACCACCCCAAUGA